AUGACAGACCUAAUAACAUCCUCCUUCCUCCCCCUCCUCUGCUGCUGCUUCCCCUGCUUCCGCAGCAAAUCCGCCACCAAACAAUCCCAAGAAGAAACCGACGAGCAAGCCCUCGCUAAAGCCGCGGAGUGGCGGAAGCGGCUGAGUCGAAGGGAAGAGGACAUGGCGGCUGCCGGUAGGCCGUCCGGUGAAGGCGGCCUUCUUGCUGGUGGCAGAUCGCGGGGCAAUACCGUCGGCAGCGCGGGUGCAGCGGGUGGUGGUGGAGGCCGAUCGAGGAGCGGAACGCUCGAGCCUCACGGUGGGACAAGGGCAGGUGGUGGUGCCGAGAUGGCCGAGAAGCGGCACUCAAGGCACUUAUCGGCUACGACGGCGACGAGUAUGAACAUGGUGCCUAUGAGCCGGUGGCGGAGCGGUGGAGGGAGGCGGGUGGCGUGGUUGGGGUGGAUGAGAAUGGAUCGCCUGCGAGCGUGA